UUAUUUAGGGUGCAUGCUUACAGAGAUGCAUACACUGGAAUGCCUGGAUCAUCUUUAUGGAUUGGAAAGGACAAAGAUCCCGUCCACCUGUGAACUUCUUUCUAACUGUGUGUGUGCAAAUUCUAUAGUGCCUAGUCUGUCUGUGUAGUAAAAUUCCAAAUGUUUAUGUGAAGCUUUUCUUACAGAGGUGAAGUCUAGGCACCCACUGUCGCUAUAUGGGCUUUAAAAAUAUUUGUGUGUAUGUCCUUCUAUUAUAUUUAGAUCCAGUAUCGUAUCGCACGUGCGUUUCUCUCCAUUGCAUGAUUACCAACUCAGGUUUAUGGUCAUGGAAGCUGAUAGUAAUAUUUUAUUACUGGUAGGGUUAAUAUAGUCCCAUAUCAGCUAAACAGCUGUCGGGAUGUGGGCAUGCACACACGCGUGCACCAAAGACGUGACAGCCCCCCCGAGCAGGGUGUUCUGCAAAUGUUUGAGAUUACAGCUCCCAGCAUUCCUGGUCCGCAUGGUCUGUCCAGCUUUAUUCCGGUGCUUUGUGAGGCAUUCGGUUGGGGGAAAGCGGUUUAUCUCAUUAUCAACCCCUGCAUAAUUCAGAUACUGUGCUUAUAUAGUCCUCUUUUUAAAAAUCUGAUAGAGUGCCUAAGAACUCUAGAUUUGUCUGUAGCCUCUGGAUCUGUUUCCAGCCUGAAGUUCCCAUCAGCCCUAGCCAGAACAACAAGUGGUGGGGGACCCUGGGAACUGGAGUCCCAGACCUGUGCCUUAAAAGGCUUCAGAGGAUGAUGCCAUUGACCUCAUGGCCCACGGUGACCCUCAGUGGGCUUGUGGUGGGGAAUGGUCCGCGGCAGGGCUUUAAAACACCCCAAAUAACAAGGCAAUGUUCACCUUGCUUUUCUUAACCUAGGCAGCAACUCUAGGUGUGAAGUAGCAGAAUUGUUGCUCUUCCCCUGCGGAGGAUGCCCGCCUUCCUUCCUUCCUUCCUUCCUUCCUUCCUUCCUUCCUUCCUUCCUUCCUUCCUGACCUGGGGCAGGCAACCUGCUGCACAGCUAGCCUGAAAUCCUUUUUUUUGUAAUGGCAAGGGUUAGCACAGAAUUAUCGGGAGAUGGUGCCUCUGGCCCUGUUCGGAGUGCUCUUAUCUCCACCGCUAAGGAGGAAUCGCAGCCACGCAUCCAAGCUUGAGCAAGAUCACUUUCGAGGCAAAGGCGGUUGCUGCGGCUCGGACGAGAAGCAGUACAUUUUCGGAGGCUGGGCCUGGGCCUGGUGGUGCAUCUCGGACACGCAGAGACUGUCUUUGGAGGUUAUGACCAUCCUUUGUCGCUGUGAGAAUAUUGAGACGUCGGAGGGGGUCCCACUGUACGUAACGGGGGUCGCACAGGUGAAGAUAAUGACCGAGAAGGAGCUGCUGGCCGUGGCCUGCGAACAGUUUCUGGGCAAGACGGUGCAGGACAUCAAGAACGUGGUGCUGCAGACGCUGGAGGGGCACCUGCGCUCCAUCUUAGGCACGCUGACCGUCGAGCAGAUCUACCAGGACAGAGACCAGUUUGCCAAGCUGGUGCGGGAGGUGGCCGCGCCCGACGUGGGCCGGAUGGGCAUCGAGAUCCUCAGCUUCACGAUUAAGGACGUGUACGACAAGGUCAGCUACCUGAGCUCGCUGGGGAAGACGCAGACGGCAGUCGUCCAGCGCGACGCGGACAUCGGCGUGGCGGAGGCGGAGCGGGACGCCGGCAUUCGGGAGGCCGAGUGCAAGAGGGAGAUGCUGGACGUGAAGUUCCUGGCGGACACCAAGGUGGCCGACUCGAAGCGCGCCUUCGAGUUGCAGAAAGCGGCCUUCAGCCAGGAGAUCAACGUGAAGACGGCGGAGGCCAAGCUGGCGUACGAGCUGCAGGGCGCCAAGGAGCAGCAGAAGAUCCGGCAGGAGGAGGUGGAGAUCGAGGUGGUGCAGCGCCGGAAGCAGAUCGACGUGGAGGAGAAGGAGGUGGUCCGCAUGGACAAGGAGCUCACGGCCACCAUCCGGCUGCCGGCCGAGGCCGAGGCGCACCGCAUCCAGCAGGUCGCCGAGGGAGAGAAGGUGAAGCAGGUGCUGAUCGCCCGGGCCGAGGGGGAGAAGCUGCGCCGGAUCGGCGAGGCCGAGGCCAUGGUCAUCGAGGCCAUCGGCCUGGCGGAGGCCGAGAGGAUGCGGCUCAAGGCCGAGGCCUACCAGCAGUAUGGGGAGGCCGCCAAGACGGCGCUGGUGCUGGACGCCCUGCCCCAGAUCGCCGCCAAGGUGGCCGCCCCGCUGUCCAAGGUGGAUGAGAUCGUGAUCCUCAGCGGGGAGAACAACCGCAUGACCACGGACGUGAACCGGCUGCUGGCCGAGCUCCCCGCCUCCGUGCACGCCCUCACCGGGGUCGACCUUUCCAAGAUCCCGCUGAUCCAGAAAGCGACCGGAGCCCGGGCCUGAGCCCGACGAAGAGCCCCCGCACCCGUUUAUGCACUCCGCCGGCUGCCUCGGACACUGGGCGCUCCCCCCUCCUCGGCGGAGAUGGGGGGGCCAUGCUCGCUCGGGUGCCUUAUAUCUUCCGAGGGCCGGGAGCGCCGGCCCCGCGUCCCCGAGAGCUCUCCCCCCGCCCCGCCGCGUCCCGCCCGCCGGCCCCCCGUCCGCACUCGUGCAGUCUGUGCCUUGACCGAUCGCUGCGUGUCCUUGGGGCAGGGAUGGGUCCAAAGUGGGGGGGACUGGGCGGGGCUGCCUCCGCAGCCCCUUCCCACGGUCCCCGGGACCCCCCUGCCACCAGCAUUUCCCCCCAUGCCACCGAAGAGACUCGCUUGAGCCGAAGGCGGGUCCCAUCCGGAGUGCCCGGGCCGAGCCCUGCGGCGUGGCCCCGGUCCCGUGCCCCGUGGGACGCAGCCCUGCCAGGACCCCCCAUCCCUGCCGGGGGGGGGCGCCACCCGCAGCAUCGAUGCCACAUUUCCCCGUCCCGCACUCGCGACACUCGCUUGGCCUCGCGUCCCCCCAACUGUGCCUCAUUUUUUAUAGCAUGCCGAGCCGGUUGCGUGUCCGCCCCCUGCGCAGCUGUGUGGGCCAAACCCCCCCCCCCCCGGCGGGCCUCCCCGCCACUGCCCCGGCCGGCUGGUGCUCCCCGCGCCGCCCCCUCCCC